UUUUUCUCCCAAAACAUUCUUCAGUUAUGGGAGUUAUAAAAUUUUAUUCCCUUUUUCCCUACUUGGAUGCAGGCACUCAGCUCUCCUUACUUGGACAAUGCAUCAAAUUCAAAAAACAUGAGGAAUCAACAGUCUGUACAUGGAGAAAGAAAUUCUGUUUUUCCAGAGGACCCGGGUCAGCUGUUGAAUGACAAUAAUGGCCUGAAAAGAAAGGGAGCUCCAAACCAGGAUGCAGAAGAAAAACCAAAGGACUUGAAGAGUAGAGGGUUGUGCUUGGUCCCAGUGUCUUGUACCCAACACGUUGGAAGCGAAAAUGGGGCCGAUUACUGGCCACCUGCAUACGGCAGAGGAUUUUAACAUUUCAUAUGUUAAGUGCUAGCUGGAAUUAAUAUUUCAUAUUUGUGGAUUAUAUGAUAUAACAUCGUGAACACUCAAUCUCUAAUAAUCAAAAGGCUGAUUGCUCACGAUGCUAUAUGCCAUUCACUCCAUGGAAUUUUAUAUAUCCUUUCUUAAAUCAUCAUGUACUUACUGGCUAGCUCUCAUCUAGUUAGGAUAACUUUUUUAAGAUUUCUCUAAACUUUAAUCAAUCUGUACUAUGUUCGUGCUUCUUCUAAAUAUGCAUCUUGACUUUCAAAGGAAAAAGAAAUAUGCACUGUGCGGAUCUCAUAUUCUUCCUUA